GCGCAGAAGCACGCAGUGCCAAUCCACGCGAAGCUUCUUGCGUUCAUGAAAUGCAUAAAACGCGGCAGAAUUAGUCCUUUAUAUGUCACUACACACUGUAGCGUCCUGGGAAAAAGGUUCGGAUAAGCACGUGUUGUGUUGUGUGAUAAGUAUCCCUCUAGCAUGAAUGUAAAUUGUCACUGUUUAUUCACUAGAGCGUUAACAGUUCACACGACUGAAGCUUGUCAUACUGUUUUAAAAUCGUUCCCGGUUUGAAUAACCACAACAAAAGUGUCUCAACAGUGUUUCUUAUUUAGUGCGUUUAUACGCUUAUUUUUAAGCAUGCAUUUAUUAAACGUCUCUGCUAACACAUUUUAUUCAUCGCACCGUAAAGUCUCAUCGUGUGUGAUUGCAUUGUUUAUGUGUUGUCGAUAACACAUCGUCCCAGCACUGUGUCUUUAGCGAAAUUAGUGACAGUUUGUGCCUGAAAAGUAGCAUGUCACUAUGGUGCACUACACUAUAUUGCUUUCUGUGCGUGUGUGAAUGUUUUAUCACUCAUUGGAUUAGGCCACAAGAAGAGGCUGAAGACGUUGGUUCCUCUCCCGUCGGCUGCUACACAUCGUCAACAAACGUGUCUGCAAGCAUAUCUGACAGACGUCCACUCGACAGCUCGUCACCUCCCCUGGCGCCUUCCACCUCACCGUAGUCCGACUGCAGGCUCGACAGUGAAAUGGCUUCAGUGUCUGAGCACAGUGGACUGUGCCACGCGGGAGAAGGCGCUGCAGUGUGGCGUACGAGCAUUGACGACUUGCCUGAGGAGAUACUGAUAAAGAUCUUCUCUCACUUGUCUUUCACUGAGCUAGUGGACGUGGUAUGGAAAGUGUGCCGUCGUUGGAGAAAGCUGUCGCGAGAUUUGAGGUUGUGGGCUGACAAGGAAUACCAUGUCGGGGUCUCGAGGCACUGCAACUCGGAGAACUGUAAGAGCGGCAGGACCGAGCGGGAGGCGAUGCGUAUCUUCCGCAGUGCCCGAAACCUGCGUAAAGUACACAUGUGGUGCGCCGUCAGCCCCCACGUCAUCGACGUGCUCUGCGACAAAUGCCGGAGACUCGCAGAUCUCCGCCUGCACGCCGCCCAGAAGCUCGGCUAUUCGACGGUGAAGAACUCGGUCGAGCAGUGCUCCGGGAUACACGUGCUGACGGCACCCGAUGAGCUACUGAAGACCGAGAAAUUUUCAGAGGCGGUGUCGCGUCUGCAGCACCUCCGUGUGCUGUGUCUGCAAGAGAGAUACGUGGGGACGACUUGCGUCCUGCGUCCUUGUGUGCUGAGACCUUUGGGUGACGGGUGCCCCCGACUGGUCGAGAUUGACUUCGGACGUAUGUCUGUCGAUACGGAUGAUCUGAAGUACUUUCUGAAUGCCAAGAAGAACACCCUAAAGUGCUUACGAAUAAAGUGGUCGGUGGGUGGAACGAGGCACGUCAUACCGUUGCUGCCGGUAUAUGCCGACAGCUUGGAACGUCUGGAACUUUAUGAGUACGACAUAGUCCGCAACUCGGCCAGAGAGGCGUUCACUACCGUCGGAAGCUUGAAGCACUUGCGGGAACUCAGGAUGUCCGUCCCCGAUCGAAUACCGCCCGGAACAGCUGCUCUGACUUUUACGAAUGGAGAACUGCCACAACUGAAAGUGCUGGAUCUACCACACGGAUACGGUGUGGAAGAUAACACAGUAAUUGCCAUCAGCCACGGAUGUCCCGGUUUGCGGCAGCUCUCCGUCACUCACGCUACGAAGCUGUCGCCUGCUGCCUUCUCGGAGAUCGACCGUCUAGAACAUCUUGAAAUACUAGAUGUGACAGGUUGUAGCAGACUCGGCGGAGGCCUAUUCCCCUGCCUCGUCGGGCUACCGCGACUUCACACGUUGCGAAUGGGUACCAUGUAUUUCGGUACCACGUAUUUUACAGAGUUGCAGCCAGGUGUGAGCAGCAUCCUCAAAUUGUCAGGUUUGCGCUGUCUGACAUUCGAUUAUUCGGAUGUUACUGGAGUGCCUUUUGAUAAGUUUCCGGAGAAUCUCAUCAGUCUCAGUUCCUUCAAGUAUUUCUUCCUCUGAUGGUCCCUCCUGCGACUUGCCUGGCCCGGACAAAACCACCGAGAAGUCAGUGUUGGGCUCUGGGGAUGGCAUCUGCUUCGUUUUACCUGUUCCACAUUCCCCAUCACCAAUCUUCUUACCGUACACAGUGUGAAGGACCGAUUCUGAUAGUCUUUUGGAGGUGUGGCCCGUGUGGUGCAAUCGGGCUGUCGAUGACAGUGUGGACUGAAGCCUACUGAGUUAUCUGUAAUGGAGGAGAGGAAGAAAGUCUUGAGGAUGCUUAGAACAGGUGAUUCUGGAGUGGAGAGGAGAAGUUGUUGGCUUUAUAGGAAGUGAAUAAGGGUGCAAACACUAAAGAGGUCGUAUGGAUAAAAAAGAGAACAUUCUUUGGAGAAGAUUUUCUGAGUGAAAGAACGUGCUCUGAGGAAGUUCUUUAUAUCGUAUGAACAAAAUGUUCAGAGCAUAUUUUCUGAUGAGGGAGUUCAUUCUCACUAUCUCGCCACCUGCUCGAAUCUGUUCUCCGCGUUGUGUUGUCUGCACCGGGCACAGAACGUACUCUUCAUCUUGCAUUUCGUUCAGCUUGCUGAAAUAUGCGAACUAUUCAGUGUACAAAUAUGGAACUGUAGCAUCACUGUGUUUGGGAAGAGUUGCAUAAAAUUUCAUUUUGUUUUCACUUUUUUGUGCGGCAACAGAUUAUUAAGAACAUUACGGAUGGUUUAUGAAAAUACAUUUUCUGAUAAUCUUGACAAAUUUUCGACAUGCAGGGAACUUUUUUUUAUUGAUGUUAGGUGAACGCAUUAUGCGAAUGAAAUUUUAACAAUACGUCACAUUAUCGUCUACUCCGGAUUGUAAAACGAGUGUGUUCUGACACGUGGUAAUCUCGAUUAAAUGGCACAUAAUACUCUGUUGCCACGUCAAGUACUUAAGUGGUCAUCUUGUGGUUUUGUUAUGAGAAACAGUUCACUAGGUUUGUAAUAAACCUGUUUUUAAUUUUUAUGAUUUGCCUACUUAUUUCUAGCAUAGCAAAAUGGAACAUCUGUGCUGUGCGAAAAUAUGAUGAACAUCUGAAAAGGUCAGUGACAUAUUUGUCUGGUUUGUACCUGGUCUUCCCAUACACCACUCGGGAAAACUUGGGUCUCAUAAAUAGCACAAAAAUGUUUUCAUUUUUUCUUCAUGAUAUUUGGGAAAUAAGUUCACCACCCUAAUAAUGUUUUUACUGUUAAACCCAUAUAAACUUACACAGUUACUCUACUCAAUAUGUCUUCGGGUUACGUAUAUCUUUCUUUUUCCAUCUGAGCAACAUAGAUUUAUUAAAUUUACUAAAAAAACUUGGUAAGACUUAAUGUCUGCAGAAUUUAAUCAGCCUGAUUUAUGUUACAGAGCUCAUAUCAAAAAGGGGAGAAUUUUCUCUGCUCGUGAGAAACUUCGCUGUGUUUAUUCGUAUGAAAUCGGAGAAUGUUCUUCAUGUUGAGCAAGGUUACCCACUCAUUUACUCAAGCUGAGAACACAGUCAGGUGAAGUACAUACUCACUUUGUUUUAUUUGUGUGAACUUGAGAAUGUUCUCCAAAAUUUAUAGAAUUGAGUACUUUCCCCAUGUUAUUUAUACAAUCCAAGGAUUGUGAAAUUAAGAACAACAAAUUCCAGUAGCUUUAUAUCUUUGCAAAUCAUUGCGGCCGCACCUCUCUACCCCCCCCC